AGUUCGCAAUACGAAUAUUUCUGGAGGAGGUAUUCCGUGUUUCAAGGGAAUUAUGAGGGAGUUAUAAUUUUUUAAGUACUUUUGUCAUACGGGUUGUACAGUGUUAUAUCGUGGCACUAAUAUGUUUGACUGACAGUCCACAUAACGGAAGGAUGCGCAUCGUCCAAUAUUUUAAGAAACGUGGCUUUACAUGAAACCAUAUCUGGAGCCUUUAAAUUCGAGAACACUCAGAAAAAAUUCAUUGCGUACAUCAUUUGACAAUCCGUCUCUCAGUUGAGCUCGUAAUUUUCGUUCGUCCACGCGGUUCAGAAUGCUUCGAGGCCUCAGCGUUAUAAGUUUUGUUUCGAUCUGUGUAUGCGCAUUCAAUGUGUCGGCCACUAAACUGAGAUACCCGUCGGUACCCACUAUAUCGGAUAAAAAACAUUACAAAGACGAGGAACAUAAUCUUGAAUACGACCAUGAAGCUUUUCUCGGCCGAGAGCUAUCUUCGGAAUGGCGCGAUCUACCCGCUGAUGAAGUGAUGGAAAAACUCUCGGAACUGUUCCCAAAAAUAGAUGUCGAUAGGGACAAGAAAAUCUCAAUUCCUGAGCUGUACGAAUGGAUUGAACAGCACAUGAAAAAACAUGUGUUGCGCCAGGCUGAUGUGAAAAUGCGCGACAUUGACACGAACAAGGACGGCAAGGUUUCAUGGGAAGAAUACAUAGAGACCCAGUACCCGUCGUCUCAUGAAAAAGGCCUCGACGAGAAAGUUCUUGGAGAAUUCAGGGAAUUAGUUUCACGUGAAAAGAAGCGGUUUGACUUUGCUGACACAGACAACGAUAAAGAGCUGUCCCGUGAAGAAUUCUCACUUUUCCUUCACCCCGAGGAAUCCAAAAGGAUGACCACAUACCUUAUUGAGGAAAGUUUGGAUAUCUUUGACACGAACAAAGACGGGAAAAUAUCCGCUGAUGAAUACAUUGGUGAUGAAGCGAAAAGGCUUACUGAGACAACCAUAGAAGUGCUCAAAAAGAGUUUCAGUAAAGAACUAGACUCGGACAAGGAUGGAUUUCUUGAUAGGAGUGAGAUUCGAGCAUGGAUCCUUCCCGGCGAGCAUGGCGAUCCUAUACAAGUCGAGGCAAAACAUCUUAUGAAGGCAGGCGAUGACGACAAGGAUAAGUUCUUGACAGAAGGUGAACUUAUAAAGCACUAUGACAUUUUCGCUGGAAGUCGAGUAACUAGAUACGGAGAUCUCCUCAGAGAAGAAUUAUGAAAGAGAUGAGACGCAGCGACUUCUUCUAAUUUUAGGUUGUAAUAUUUUUCAUUGCCCUCUCGCGAUAUCUCGCCGGAUCAACAAGCACACUAUAAUAGUAUGCACCAUUGAUCAGUGACCACGCAGAAUCAUUAGUAUCCCUGAAUAAAUAACAUCGUACUUUCAUUUUCCUACCUACUUUAUCGGUUGUUUCUCUUAUAUAUUGUCCGUUAGGAAAAACUUGAAAUGAAAAAAGAAAGAACUGGAGACGAGAGAGAAGAAGACAGAUGUCAAUAGGGUGGGGGAGGAAGAGAAUAAUUGGAUUUUGUACCCAGUGACUCGACUCAUGUCAAACCACUUGUGUCCUUGAAUUAUUGAUGCAACAGUCAAUAUCAAGUUUCCUCUUUCAUCAACUGAGUCAGCUUAUUUUUCCGUUUUAUCUACCAACCAAAGAGACGUCAUUUCUAUUUCUCUACCUAUCUGAGCAAAAGGCAAAUUUUUCUUAGUACUUCAAUUCUCUUAAAAAGCGUCAAUUCCACCCCUAAACCCAUUUGUCAUCAUUCACCAACUCCUCCCCUAAGCGUAUUGUUUCGCCUGCGGAAUAUCUAGGUCAUGACCGCGACAACCCGAUUGACGAAAUCAUUCAUUGCAAAAUUCCAUGCAUCAGCCCACGAGAAUAUAAUUACGUCUUUUUUGUCUCUGAAUUUGACAGGUUACCAGCUUUGACUUUCAUCCUUUUUCAAUGUUAUCUUAUCCCUAGAAUUAGAGGUAGUACUGCGCUGUUAGUAAAUACUUACCCGUGCUAAGUUCUGAAAUUUAGAAAACAGGAGUUCGGUUACGCAGCCGAGCGGAAAUGUAAGUAAUAAAUUCCAGUGCGAUAGGUACUUAAGGGUAACGAGUGGAUCCAAAAUUUACAUUCACACUAAGAGCUGGUUUCGAUAUCACGUUGAUUACACGGCAAUGGAUUCUGCUGUUGGCUCUUUUGUCAUUCCAAGGGAAAAUAACAAUUCUCCUAAUUGUAACCUUUGCCGCAGCGCAGAACUAAACAACAGUGUCAAACUGCUUGACUGUCUACACGAAUUCUGUGAGGCAUGUCUCAAGAAAUUCUUGGUUGAAAAUUCUGUGAUUUGCCCUCAGUGCGGGAAGCGAAUGCAACUUGGCGAUCAAGGAAUAAAUGGUCUUCCAUCUCAUGCGUUUUAUGAUCAAGUCAAAGACAUCAAGAAUUGCGAUCAGUGGAUUCGACAACGGAGAGACGCCUUUUGUUGGGAAAUGUAAACAAAGGCCUACUUAGCUUACCGAAGGUUGUUUCGUACACACCACGAGAUCAGACAGAGGAGUUAUUUGUAAUCUUCAAAUGAUACGUUUCAGUAUCUGAAUUCCAACAGUCUUAUAAAAGAUGUCAAAAGCUAGAAACAGAAAACAGUCAUUGGCAAUAGACAGUAGACGAGAACAAUACAACGGAUAACUUUCAUCAGGCAUAAGUUCGUAAAAAUACGAAGGGAAUAGAGUUCCAUUAGUUUAAAAACUUAAAGAUUUGAUUAUCUUGUAAGCCUCUAUAAAUGAAGUUUUCGCCUUAUUUUCUAAUUUGAAUGUACAGAUGUUUCUAAAACCGAGAGCCAAGUAAGCUUGACCCUAACUUAAACGACCUUUAUAUUAUUUGAAUAACAAUCUUAGCUUGAGUAAAUCUGAUAACUUGCUUGA